AUGUCUGCGACUGUAUUCACAGACGCAGAGUCUGACCUUUGUGUGGACUAUCAACUUGAAGGGGCUGCAGAAGGUCAGAAAAUUGCGAAGGAGUUCACAAAAUUCUCGGCGGAGGAGGCAGCUUCAAGGAUUAAAAAGAACAUUUACAGCUUGGAGCAUGUGACUCUCAACAUAGCCGUAACUGGAAAUGCAGGUGCAGGGAAGUCGACCUUUGUGAAUGCACUACGGGGACUAACCAAUGAUGAUGAGGGGGCUGCCAAAGCUGGCGUUGUGGAGACAACAAGGAUCCCUGCGCCAUACCCGCAUCCUACAAUGCCAAACGUAAUCAUUUGGGACCUUCCAGGUAUAGGCACUCCCAACUUUAAAGCCAAGACGUACCUUUCCGACGUGAAGUUUGAGCGUUACGACUUCUUCAUCAUCCUCACCUCAGAGAGAUUCAAAGAGAACGACAUAAACCUGGCCAAAGCGAUCAAAAAGAAGAAACUGCUUUACUAUUUCAUUCGCUCAAAGAUUGACAACGACAUCACGGCAGAAGGCAGAAGAAAAGACUUCAAUCAGGAACGUCUGCUUUCACAGAUCAGAGAGGACUGUCAGAAGAACUUGAAAAGUGUUGGAGACCCCAAGGUCUUCCUCAUCUCCUCCUUCAGUUUACAGGAUUACGAUUUCAACAAUUUGAUGGACACUCUGGAGAAGGAGCUUCCUGAUGCCAAGAGGCAUGCUCUCAUCCAGUCUCUGCCGGUGUACUCAAUAGAGGCCCUACAGAGAAAGAAGAAACACUUCCAGAGGAUGAUCUGGCUCACAGCCUUUGGCUCUGGUGCCAUAGCUCUGGUUCCCAUUCCUGGGAUGACGCUGGUGUGUGACUAUGGAAUCGUCACUUCCUUUCUGGGGGACGUUUUCAAGUCUUUCGGCCUUGAAGAUACGUCUUUACAGAAAUUAGCCAAAAGAGUGGAAGGAAUUGACUGGAUGGACUUGAAGGCAGAAAUGAAAUCGACGUUCAAAGAUGGGGUCACAUCCACGGUGGUGGCGUCUUUCUUCAAAACUCCUUCGAUGGCCGCCAUUAUGACGCUGAAGGGACUCAUGAGUGCCGUCAUCCCAUUCGCGCAGCUACCAGCAGGUGCAGUGUCAGUGCCUAUCAUGCACUAUCUUCUCAACCGAGGCCUCAAGGAAAUGGAAGGGGAUGCCAAAGCUGUGCUGGAAAAGGCGCAGCUUCACCACGUGUAG